UACAGAGUGCAGAGUGAUAGUGAAACGGUCAUCUUCUCCCCGGUCGCUAGGAAAAAGGCGAGCAUUUUCAUGGCAUCGAAUGUGCCGAAAGUGUUGUUCAAAAAUGGUACCUCGGUACCAAUGCUUGGUCUAGGUACGUGGAAUUCACCACCGGGCCAAGUAGCACAGGCCGUGAAGGAUGCGAUCGACGUCGGCUACCGGCACAUCGACUGUGCGCACGUCUACGAGAACGAGCACGAAGUAGGCGAAGGAAUUGCUGCCAAGAUCGCAGAGGGCUGCGUUAAGCGUGAGGAUCUGUUUGUGACGAGCAAACUGUGGAACACCUUCCACCGGCCGGAUCUGGUACAGGGGGCGCUACAGGUGACGCUGCGCAAUCUCAACCUCAAGUAUCUCGAUCUCUACCUCAUCCACUGGCCCGUUGCCUACCGGGAAGGUGGCGAACUGUUCCCCUGGCGCCCCGACGGCAAGCGGGUACACUUCUCGGACGUCGACUACGUCGACACAUGGCCCGCCAUGGAAGGUUUAGUAAAAACCGGGCUCGUACGGAGCAUCGGUUUGUCCAACUUUAACCGAAACCAGGUGGAACGUAUCCUAAACAUUGCCCGCAUCCCACCGGUCACCAACCAGAUCGAGUGCCAUCCCUAUCUGCACCAGGCGGACCUGACGGAGUACUGCCGGCAGCACGACGUCACCAUAACGGCCUACAGUCCACUCGGUUCUCCGGCACGUCCGUGGGUUAAGGAUAACGAUCCGGUUCUGAUGGAUGAUCCCGUGGUGCAGUCCGUCGCGAAGAGACACUCCAAAUCGGCCGCCCAAGUUCUGAUCCGCUACCAGAUACAACUCGGUCACAUCGUCAUCCCAAAGUCGAUCACCAAGGAGCGUAUCGUCGCCAAUCUGGACGUGUUCGGUGGGGGGUUUGAACUGAGGGCCGCCGAUAUGCAGCUGCUCCGUGAUCUCGAGCGAACGGGUCGCAUCUGUCCGGAUUCGUUCAGCUUCGGUCAUCCGCACCAUCCGUUUGAGGCCGAGUUCCGGAAGAAGAAACGAUGAGCACCGUCGUCGUAGCUGGUCAAUCACAAUUUGUUAGCAAGCGUGUCAGCGUGGUUCAGUGUAAUAAAUAGUGGUAAAACGCCGCCAGGCGUCCGGUCUGGUCUGGUGUCCACGGU